AUGGACGUACUCGACCGCUUCGUCGCGGCCGAGGAGAGCGUCGUGGACAAGCUCUUCCGCAGUCGCGGGCAGACGCUGCGCCUCGAGCUUCAGUCCCAGCGCAUGCUCUCGCCCGAGUCACAGAACCAGUCGUCGGGCCUGGCCACGUUUCCUUGCCUCCUACUCUUCCCACCGCUCGACGCUGCGCAUCGGGCGCUCCUGGCUGGCCUGCGCCUCGUCAAGACGCAGUCGCCGACGCUUAGCGACCGCGCAAGGAGCUCGGCCGAGCUCCUCUUUGAGCGCGCGCUCGAGUUCAAGACGCUUCAUGCAACCUAUGCGUGGUACCAUCAGCUCAUGCCGCCGCCGAGUGACCCAAAGCUCGAUGCGCUCUUCCGCCUCCCGCUCGACUGUCUAGAGGCGUACGCGGUGUGUAUGGACGCGCUCGCACCGUUUGCCGAGCGCCCGGACGACUGGUAUCUCAUGUGCGACCGGCUUCACGACGCGUUCUCGGACAUUACGACCCAACGAACGCGCGCGAUGGACAUGCUGGCGCUCGAAGAAGGCCUCGGAAGCGGCAUCGACCUCGUAGCGCGCACGCUCAUUGCUCAGAACGUGGUGUCGAUCCAAAUGGCAUCCGAUGCGUCGCUGCAGACAGGCACCUUGUACCUCUUUGAGGACCUCUGCCUCAUUGUCGACACGAACGGACACGACCUCUUCCAGCUGCAAGCCGCCGAAGUCUGCAAAGCUCUUCGCAUUCCCCACACGCCCGACUGUUUUGUACUCACGCAAGACGCGCACUGCACGAUCCUCGCGGCGCCGGCCGUCGUGACCUCGCUCUUGACGUGCAUCAACGAGCGCUCUCUCGCGCCGGAGACGUUUGCUUUCGACUUGCACUCGCUGUUGCAUACAAUGGACAAUGGGCUCCCGACCGACUGGCUCGUCCCGAACUCGGAGGCCGCACAGCAGGCGCUUGUCCGAAGCGACCUUGUCUGGCUGUACGAGAAGGACCGGUCGCGCCCAACGCUGUGCCAGUUCUUCCUCCUCCACGACAUGAUUCUGUACGGCCAAGUCGUGGGCAUGGCCCACUGCAUGUACAUGGGGUACUUUCUAGGCGAGUACGUGUCGCUGCGCCACGACGUUGACGCCGUCGAUGGCCGAUUGGAGCUUGUUGUGAUGCACGCCGAGACGCAGACGGAACUCUUCGUGGCGCUCGAGCCGCUGGAUCCCGCGGCGACGGCACCAUGGCAAGAGCACAUUGCUUCGUUUGUGCGCGUGCCCGAGUCGACGGUGCCCCUGGACGAGUCGUCCGUGACGAUGAUGCAUGACGCGUCGUCGGUGACGACGAUGGCAUCGACGGCCGACGCCAUCCCGUCACCGCCGUCGUUUGCGUCACCAGAAACCACGUGGCACAAGAAGAAGCCAAAAGCGUUGACGCCGUUGUCGACCGAGACGCACUUGCCGACGCCGAUGACAGAGACGCGCGCGAACGACUCGAACGACGAUGCCAGCACACGAGAGACGAUAGAAGGCGAAGGCCCGACGACCAUCUUGACGUCGAUCGUACCAAUCGCAGCUCGUGGUGCGGACCCGAUCCUCGAUGACACGGUCGCGAGUACGCCAGAGACACCCGACGCGCGGCCACCCCGGGUGCUCGCCAUGUCCGAGGCCUCUCUCAACGACCAAGCGGGUAAAGACGAGACCAAGACGACGCGCCGCGCCAAGAAGAAGCUCUUGGACGAGACAGCGCCGCUCGUUCUCGAGAUGGACGAUGAUGUACCGCUCGCCCGGAACGGGAUCACCAAGGCCACGAAAGCCAAGCCCACCGCCAAGAAGAAAGCGCCGGCUAAUAAGAGCAGGAAAAAGGCAGCGCCCGUGACGCCGCGGAUCGCGCCAACCGCACCCGACGUGACAACGACGCCAGCACCCGUGUUUACGACGGCGGUGCCCACGAGCAGCGGCAAGAAGCGCAAGGCCAAAGCCACUCUGCUAAGCCCCGUGCUUGGCGCGCCGGCCAUUGACGAGUCGGACGACGAUGCGCCUCUGCGGUCCAAGAUGGCCAAGACCGCCGUCGACGUUCCGCCGUCGACGCAAGACAUGGAAGGCAGCGCGAUUCAGAUCUUAUGCCGCAUUGCGGACGCGGCGUCGUCGUCGUCGUCUGUCCCGACGGCGCUGCGCAUUGUGCUCACGGGCUUCGAGUCGACCGACGCUCUGCUCUUCGAGAUCGCGGCGAUCGCAUCGGCGCAGUACGAAGACGAUGUGAUGGCGGCCACGCACAUCAUUGCGCCGCGCGGCAAGUUCAAGCGCACCGUCAAAGUGCUCUGCGGCAUCUCGCGCUGCCUGCACAUUUUGGACGAAGACUGGCUGCACGCGUCGGCGGUGCUCGGCCAUGCGGCGCCCGAGGCGCAGUACUGCCUCAAGGACGAAGAGAAGGAGGCGUUGUGGGGCUUUACACUACAGCGGACCAUGUACGAGUUUAGCUUGACCCAGCGCCGAAGCCUCUUGCACGGGUAUUCGUUCUACGUCGCGGCGCACAAGAGCGUGCUGCCGCCGCCAAGCGAGCUGACCAAGAUCAUCACGUGCGCGGGCGGCGAGAUGACGUCGGGACUGCCCAAGCCCGAUACGAUUGUGAUUGCGUCCAAGGAAGCGGUCGCCACCAGCGCCGUGCAAAAGCAACUGCAGCACAUGAGCCGCGACAAGUGCUUCACGGUCGAGUUUCUCCUCAUUGGCAUUUUGCAGCAGACGCUGCAGUGGGACGCCUUUCGGAUCACAUGCCCACUGCCACGAAAAGGGCGAUGA